AUGGCGCCAUAUGAAGCUUUGUACAGGAGACCAUGCCAAUCACCUGUUUAUUGGACUGAGUUGGGCGAGGCUACGUUAGUUGGGCCGGAUUUGAUCAAAGAAACCUCCGAGAGCAUGAGAGCGAUUCGUCAACGUCUCUUUGAAGCACAAAAGAGAACCACCAAGCAAGUCAAAAUAAUUCGUCAGCGAUUAUUAACCACGCAAAGUAGGCAAAAGAGUUGUGCCGAUCGUCGUCGUCGACCGUUAUCGUUCGAAGUGGGGGAUCAUGUAUUCCUCAAGGUGUCACCGCUUCGGGGGUUAUCUCGUUUCGGGCAAAAGGGCAAGCUUUCACUUUGUUUUAUCGGGCUGUUUGAUAUUAUCGAAAAGAUUGGGGAAGUGGCAUAUCGAUUGGCAUUGCCACCGAGACUAUCGGGCGUUCAUGAUGUAUUCCACGUGUCGAUGUUACGAAAGUACGAACCGGAUCCGUCACAUGUUUUAGAGUGGUCCGAGCUAGAGUUGGAAGCCGAUGUGUCUUAUGGGGAGGAGCCGAUACGUAUCCUAGACUCGCGUGAGCAAGCUUUGAGGGGUAAAACCAUACCGUUAGUGCGAGUUCUUUGGAGUACUCUCGGAAAGGACGAGUCGACAUGGGAAAAGGAAGAUGAAGUUAGAGAGAAGUACCCGCACUUGUUUCCGAAUUAA